AUGCGCGCCUCCCUCGCGUCGCUCGCGGCGGCGGCGCUCGUCGCGCUCGCCUCCGUCGUCGCCGCGGGCUCAGCCGGGGACGACGCGCACCCCGGGCUCGACCCGACGCGACUCCACGGUAUGAGCUCCGCGGUUGCGACCGGUAUGAGCGGCCCCCCGGGUUCAACGCGAACCGAGCCCCUCGCUUCGUCCUUGCCGACCCCAACGCGCGAUCCCUCGCGCGGGGGUGCUUCCUUCACGUGCGUCACCGACCGCGACAGGGGCACGUGCUUCGUCCGCACCGCGUGCGAGCUCGCGGGCGCCACGCGGCUCGGCGCCCGACACGUCACCCUCCUCUCGAACAUAACCCGAAGGACCACCGCCCGCACCGCGGCGUCGAGCGAGGACGACUGCGACGCGUUUCCCAUCGUCGUCCGAUCCCCGAUGACGAUCGUCGGCGCGUGCGAGGACGCGCGGUGCGUCAUCGACGGCGGCGCUAGGGUCGCGACGGCGAAGACGCGCGGUCGACCGUCGUGCGACGCAGCCGGCGCGCCCGCGCUCUUCGCCGUGGAAGCCGGCGGCGACUUGACCCUCGAGGACGUGGACCUCGCCGACGCGUGCAACGACGUGGACGGCGCGGGGGGCGCCGUCCUCGUCCGCGGCGGCGUCAACGCCGGAGCGUGUGGAGAGGAGGGGCCGGUCGCCAGGUUGACGAUGCGGCGGGCGCGGGUGACUCGGUGCGUCGCCGUCGGCGUUUUUGGAGACCCAAAAACCAAAAACCAAAAAGACCAAAACCAAAACCAAAACCACGGCCGGGGCGGCGCCGUCGCGCUCCUCGACUCGCGCUCGUUCGCCUCGUUCGAGGACUGCGAGUUCGAGGGUAACGAGGCGUGGGGCGCAGACCCGGCGUGGGGCGCCGCGGGUGCCGGAUCCGUCACCGAUUACUCCUCGAGCCUGGGUAACGGCGGAUGCGUGUACGUCGCCGGGGGCGUCGUCGCGUUCCUUAAAACAAAAUUUCGCGAAAACGUCGCCGAGUCCGAGGGCGGCGCCGUCGCCGUCGUGAACGGCGCCACCGUCGCGAUCGAGUCGUGCGACUUCGAGGGUAACCGCGUGUGGGACGACUACUGGGACGGCGGCGGCGGCGUGCUCGUGGGUGACGAGGGAUCGAACGUGUUGGUGUCAACGUCGAGGUUCGUGUCCAACGAGGUGCGAGGGUAUCCGGACCCGAGGCGCCGAGCGAUGACGUGCGGUGGCGGCGGCGCGUCCGUCGUCCGCGGCGGCGUCGCGACGUUCAGGUACGUCAUGUUCGAGAACAACCGCGCGCCGCGGGGCGGGGGCGUGUGCGUUCACGACGCCACCGCGGUGUACGGCGGGCGGAACGAUGGCGACGACGGCGCUCUCGGCAACGCGCCGCCGCCCGUCGCAUUCAGGGGCAACGCCGCGGCGCAUCCGUGGAUCGGACAAACGUCACCCGCGAUCGACGUCGAGUGCGUGCAGUGCUUCGAGCGCGUGAACGGCACGACGGGGAAGUACGCCGUGGUUGUCGAUCCGUCGAGGGGGGUGACGAGGGGGUCGAUCCAUCAACGCCCGGGGUGGGCGACGUCGCGCCGGUCGCACCCCCUGAACGAUCCGCGGGCGUCGGAGUGA